AUGGAAAAAGCAUUUAAUGUGUCAAAAAUAUCAUUUGGUACAUCGAUAUUCAAUGGUUGGCAUAAUCCUGUUGAAAAGCAUUGGCCAUUGGAGGCUGUGACGAGAGCUUUGGAUCUUGGUAUCAAUGAAUUCGACACCUCACCGUACUACGGUCGUAGUGAAGAGAUCCUCGGCACAAUCCUAAAUUCCCUUCGUACCAGAUAUCCACGUUCUUCCUAUUACCUUUCCACGAAGGUAGGACGGUAUGGUCCCAAUAAGGAGGAUUUCGAUUAUUCUUCGAAACGAGUUAGGGAGAGUGUGGAAGAAAGUUGCAGGAGGUUGAACACCAAUUACUUUGACGUGGUCUAUUGUCACGAUGUGGAAUUUGUGAGUUUGGAAGAUGUGGUGGGCGAAGGUGGUGCACUGAAGGAAUUGUUUAGACUAAAGCAAGAGGGUAAAAUCAAAUAUGUUGGAAUAAGUGGAUACCCGUUAGAUGUUCUUAUCAGAAUCUCACAAAUCCAAUAUGACCGUGGUCAACCAGUCGACGUAGUUCUCAGUUACUCUCACUAUUGUCUUCACAACACCUGUCUCUCAUCGUGCAUCAAUAUCUUUCACAGUCUUGGUGUAAUUUAUGUGAUGAACGCUUCGCCUUUAAGCAUGGGCUUACUUCGCGAAGCACCUGCUCCUGAUUGGCAUCCGGCUCCACCGGAAUUACGUGAGGCAGCUAGUAAAUGCGCCAUGCUUGCCCAAAAAGAGGGUUUGAAAUUGUCACAUUUAGCAAUCCAGUUUGCGCUCGAAUAUGAGGAGGUGAAAAGCACCAUAAUUGGAUUUUCAAACGCUAAAGAAGUUGAGGAAGGAAUUGAAUGCUUGAGUAGAAUGUCACGACGAAAGAUAAAUGAAAAAGCGGGUGUUAUUGAAGGAGAGGACGAAAAGUACAAGAAAGAACAAAUAGUUAUAAAUAUGAUCAGGAAGUAUAUGAAGUCUUGGGAUAAAUGGAGUUGGAGGAGUCCACCUGAAUGA